AUGGAAGCGCCGGCGUCGGUGCGGAACCACUUUUUCGUUUUUUCUUGCAGUGUUCACAAAGUUAGACGUUGUCGCUUCGUCUCGAGCGACGGAGCAACAACGGCGAGUAUUACGCCCUUUUCCGAGCGUCACUAUUUACCUUUCACGGAAAUGAAGGCUGACAAGCGACCUUCCGGAAAUGGGAGUUCAAUCGUGAGCAACCUAAAGAGUAUCUUUCUCCUCACCUGCAUUGCCAGCUUUUCACUCCAGCUCUUUGGUUCCGUCAUUUCGUGGAAUAGCUCACGCGCUCUCGGCAGUAACGCUUCCCGUACAUCGCCAACUUGGAGCACCACCGCACAGUCGCCGUCUCCGUAUCCUAUUUGGCAUUCUGACUGCAGAUUUCCGGAACGAUCACACUUACCGCAAGCGUCAUCGCGAACUCUUCAAGCUCUGGAACGAUUCUCGAGUUUGCUCCCUUCCAGAAUUUAAAGCCAAGCCAAUUGAAGAACGCUACGAGUGUGAAAUCAUUUACACAUUUGUCAUUGGAGCCAAUCCCCACGCCUCUCCGGAACUCGUGGAUAAUUCACGUCCAAUGGAAGUUGCCCGCCCAGUGACCGGUGUUUGCCCAGAUCUGAACGAACCAGACAUGACCCUCCUCAAUAUUCGUGAAAACAUGAAUGAAGGCAAGUCGCAAACCUGGCUGAAAUAUGCCGCCGAGAUUGCGGAGGAGUACGACUUGGAUUAUGUGACAAAGUGCGACGCCGACUCUUUGUUACAUUUGCAUGAGUUUUUCCAGUUCGCCUACAACAACUUGCCGCCCGCGCCAUACAAUAAACACAUGUACGUUGGUGCCCUCCGAGACAAGGCCUACUGGCCGACACAUACGACCGAAGAGGAACGGAUACGUUUCGAGUCUUUUUUCGGUAACACC